GCUAGACAAGAGGAUGAAUGUGGGUGAGAGAGAAAGAGAGAGAGAGAGAGAGAGAGAGAGGAAGAGGGGAAGGAAAUUGUUGGAAGGAAGUGGGAGAGAGGGAGAACGGUUUAGGCAGGACCUCGCUGUCAUUUAUCUAUCAGAAAAGGCAGGCGCAGUCCUCGGCUGCAGUACUCCGUACCUACCUAGGUACUCUCUCAUGACAUCUCCCGUCCAGCCUCUUUCCUUCCCGUCAGAGCUCAGCUGUCCCGAUUGGGGAGAUCAGUGGGGCGCCAAGAAGUGGGGCUCCUGGAAAGCUCCAGCGGAUUAUCGAUUGACUCGAUAACAUGAC